AUGACAAAGGAAUCCGCCGCGGAUCUGGAACGCUUGUAUACUAGCGUUAUGCAAAUAUAUAGAUCUCUGGAAACCUUGCGACGAUCUAUUGAAACAUGGGACGAUUUUCUUGUGUUCAUAAUAGUACAACGUCUCGAUUCGGAGUCCGUAAAGGGGUGGGAGCAAUUUCUCGGCUCAGAUACCGAACUACCUACUUUGCUCAAGCUCACCCAAUUUUUGGUAUCCCGUCUUCGUUCUCUUCAAGCAUUUGUGAAAUCACGUGCUAGUAAAUCGUCAAUUCAACCACAACUAACCACCAUCAAGGUUCAUUAUCAAGGAAAGUCUAAGGAAAAGGAUGUCAGCCAAGGCCUCGGUUGCUCCCUUUGUUCGGACAAGCAUCAUCCUUCUAAUUGCCCUCAGUACCGAUCUAAAUUGUUAAAGCAGAAACUGGAGCUUGUUGCAAAGCACAAAUUGUGCUACAAUUGCCUCGGGAUUCAUCGAGUCGUUGCUUGCCGAACAGUUAAACGUUGUUUGAAAUGCGGCAGAAAACACCAUACCUCCAUCCACUCUGGAUCUUCACAAUCUACCAAGGUCAAGUCAGAUAGCAACGAGCCAGCAAAAGCCGGCAAACAGAGCACCUGCUACUGUUACCUCCACCUCGGAAGCAGCUCAGGUUAUGCACUCGAUCCCAACCGUAACCGCUCUUACUCCUCAGGUAUUAUUGGCCACGGCUCAAGUCGAAUCCUUUCUCCAAAUGGCAAUGUCAUCACCGUGCGAGCUUUGAUUGAUCAAGGUUCGGAGGUCUCCUUAAUAACUGAAAGAAUAGUACAACGCUUGCGAAUGACCCGAACACAUUCGACUGUCCCAUUAACUGGCAUCGAUGGGAAAGCUUCUAGUAGAACAAGAAGGAUUGUUAGUUUUCAUCUUCGUCCGAAUUUCCAAGCCAACUUUGAAUGUACUGUUACAGCGCACAUAUUAACGAACCUUACGUCCGAUUCCAUUAGCCCCAAUAAAUCAGACUUAUGGCCGCAUCUGGAUGGCUUGCAAUUUGCCGAUCCUCAGUUUUCACGCCCUGGUGCUAUUGAUCUCAUUCUAGGAGCAGACCUCUAUGGAUCCAUCAUCGCUGAAGAUUUAGUUAGAGGAUCACCAGAUUCUCUGAUCGCUCAACUUACCCAUCUCGGAUGGAUUAUUUCUGGCCCCACGAGCCACCCGGAACCUCCUACUGGAAGACGAAUUGUACCCGCUACUACAUAG